AUGCACCCAGACAACCUCAUGGUCACCGGCACUGUGGGCAGCGCUGAGAGCGCGCCGGCCCUCGACAUUCGGCACAUCGACCAUGAGUGCAUCCAUGAGGUUACGACGGAGCGGCUGCACUGUCAGGUGGGCACCCCCGAUUGCUACGUGCCCCUCAACUACCGCCUCGCUCUCGCCCGAGACAAGCACUUCCAGCCCGACAGCCAAGGCACCGACAGCUACGGGGUGGUAGUGGGGGUGGCGUUCGCUGCCUUGGCUGGCUAUGAGCGGCUGGCCAGUCGCUUCCAGGGCUGGGCGGGACUGAAGCCGUAUCCCCCGGGCAACUUCGUGAGCGUGUGGUCCGUGCCGAAGCGGCAGAUCAAGAACAUGCUCAUGACCACGGAGGGCAAGAAGAAGCUGCUGGAGGGAGAGGGCCUGCGGAUGGAGCAGCAGAUGCACAACGGCAUGAUGCAGGCCAUCAACGCGGCCAUCGAGCGGGAGGAGCGGGCGAGGACGGCCAGCAGAGAGGAGCUGAACGACCUGUACAUCGCCAAGGAGUGCUUCUCCUUCGUCCGCCCCCAGGAGGAGCCCUUCACCCAGCCCCUCGACACACUCAUUGAGCGCAUCGACCGCAUCAUCCAACAAUGAGGCGCAGUCCGCCGCUUCCACGACGGCCAUGAGCAGCAGGCAGCCAUCGGGGGCCUCGUGCAUCAGCGGUUGCUGGCUGUGGCUGAGUCCAAUGGUCUCAAAUGCGACAUGGUGGCACCGCUGUCUACAUUUUAUAUCAGUGAGGCUUUUGCUAUCUUGAACCUGUCGCGCCCUUUUAUGGCACAUUCAUGUGUGCC